AGUGCGCCACGGCCGACCCCGUUGGCAGCCGGCUGGGCGCUGUUUCGGCGUAUCGGGUCAGAUGCGUACGCUGGAUCAGACACGCCAGAUUCAGGGCCUGCGGCGUUCGAAUAUGGCGCCGCGCCGGUGUCAUGACUGCAGCCCGGAGGGGCUGGGCGGCCCCGGCAUGCCUGGCAGUGUGCGUCCGACGCCGGUGAGGUGUCGCCUGCGCGCGGCGCGUGGCCGGCCAGCGACCGGCCGCUGUCAGAGCGCCUCUGCUGGGGCGCGUCUGUGUGUCCGUGUGAGCUGUGGCAGUCGCGGCGGCAAUGUGCGAGUCCCGGUCAGCUGUGCGGACAGUGCUGCGCCGGUCGAUAUCGGGCCUGUGCGGCUGGAGGCGCCGGACGGCCCCGGCCCCGGCCCCGGCCCCGGCCCCGAGCCAAGUGUCGCCGCCAGUGGAGACCAUCACUGACCCCUCGCGGCCCGGCCGGCCGCCCGAGUCCCCGGACUGGGACGGGGCACGUGAUCUCACCACCGAUGAUUCGGCGGCUCACCUGUUGUCCAGCGCGGCCCAGCGCGAUAUCUACUGCCAGGGCUCGCUGCUGCACACUGUGCAGAUGGCUCGCCUGCACAAGGAUUCCAAACACUUUGUAGAUAUGAGCAUGCGCUACGACCCUGCUGAGGUCAAAUCCAACUUUGAUGCGAUGAUGCGGCGGACAAAUCAGCAACCAAGCCAGGAUGACGUGCGCGCCUUCCUCAACGACAACUUCGAGGAGCCGGACAGCGAGUUUAUCCAAUGGCACCCCUCCGACUGGACGGAAAAUCCGAAGUUCCUGUCGCGUAUCGCCGACGCCGGUCUGCGCUCGUGGAUCUCGGAGUUGCACGGCUUCUGGAAGCAGCUGGGCCGAGAGGUGACCGGCGAGGUGUACCUGCACCCGGAGCGCUACUCGCUCAUCUUCGUGCCCAACCCGGUGGUGGUGCCCGGCGGCCGGUUCCGCGAGUUCUACUACUGGGACUCGUACUGGGUGCUGAAGGGCCUGCUGCUCUCGGAGAUGCACCAGACGGUGCGCGGCAUGAUCGAGAACUUCCUGGUGAUGGUGGAGCGGUUCGGGUUCGUGCCGAACGGCGGCCGCGUCUACUUCGAGCGCCGUUCCCAGCCGCCCUUCCUCAUCCCGAUGGUCAAACUCUACCUGGACGCCACCAAUGACAUGGACUUCCUCAGGACCAACAUGGAGCUGCUGGAGCGGGAGUACCAGUUCUGGCAGGCGAACCGCACGGUGGACGUUCAAAAGGACGGCCGCGUCUACAAGAUGUACCGCUACAACGUGGAGAUCGGCCUGCCGCGGCCAGAGAGCUACAGGGAGGACUUCGAUCUGGCGCACGACUCGUUCGCCACCGAGAACUCGCGCCAGAUGCUGUACGCCCAGCUCAAGUCGGGCGCCGAGUCGGGCUGGGACUUUUCGACGCGCUGGUUCAUUCCGAGCAGCGACCAGCAGGGUUCAGCCUCCCUGAAGGACUUGAAGACGCGCAACUUUGUGCCGGUGGACCUGAACUCGCUGCUGUACCUGAACGCCCGUCUGCUGUCCGAGUUUCACACGCAGCUGGGCAACUCGGCCGCGGCGGCCAACUACCGCGAGCAGGCCGAGACGCUGCGCAACAACAUCCAGAACGUGCUCUGGGACCAGGAGGCCGGCUCCUGGUUCGACUACGACACCAAAAACGGGCGUUUGAACAAGAAGUUUUACCCGUCCAACAUCUUCCCCGUGUGGGUGAACGCCUCCACGCCGCAGCAGAACGACAAGUUCCUGCAGUACCUGGAGAAGGUCAACGUCACCAACUUCCUCAGCGGCGUGCCCACCUCUCUGGAGAACUCUGGCCAGCAGUGGGACUUUCCCAACGCCUGGCCGCCCCUGCAGCACGUGCUCGUCGAGAGCCUCAACCAGAUGGGCAGCGAGGAGGCCAAGCAGCUGGCCUACGAGCUGGUGCAGAAGUGGAUCGACACCAACUACCUCAGCUACAUGGAGGCCAAGCCACACGCCAUGUUCGAAAAGUACGACGUCACCCGUAUGGGUCUGCCCGGCGGCGGCGGCGAGUAUGACGUGCAGCUGGGCUUCGGCUGGAGCAACGGCGUGGCCAUGACGUUCGCCGACCAGUACGGCGACCGGCUGCGGGCGCCGUCAGCGGCCGCGCGCGCGCCGCCCCUCUGGACCAUGGCUGUGCUGCUGCCGGUGGCGGCGCUGGCCGCCGUCUCGGCGCUCCUAUGGUGAGAUUUUUGACUGCCGAGUCGGUGGCCGUGGACGUUUGCGGUGGCUGCGUCCGGGGAGGGCCGGGACGGGAGUGGAUCAGCCGCCGUAACCCCGCCUUCAGCAGUCUCGGAGGCACAGUCCACAGUCACCACAUCACCAGAGAAGCGGCUGCGUGCCUGUCUGACCCAACCGGCGGCUGUCACCCGGGGCGGCUCAGUUAGCAUCUUUACGUAGAUUAUUUUCGAGGGGGAUGUGAGAGAAACUAGGCAUGAGUGGGCCCUAUCCAUACCAGAGAGCUAUGUGCAGUGAGAUUUUAGUGGAUUUUACAGGACACAUUUAGUGGAUUUCAUCCUAAAUGUGGAAAUCCACAUUUAGUGGAUUUUAGGAGACACGGCAUUAUAUUUAAGCAUUAAAGAUAACGUUUAAAAGCUUGUCGUUUGUACUCAUUUAUUCUCUUUAUGUUAAUGCUUAACGUUUAAUAGUAAGCAAUCCUCUUAUAUUUUCCUAGAAUCAAUAGCUUUAGCGGUGGUUGUUUGAAGUUGCAUGCAUUUUCUUUAGAAGUCUUAGGCAUACGAACAACAUUAUGUAAUCUAAGGUAGCUCCGAUGGUAAUGCUUUGUAUCUCAUCUCUUUUUAAUUUAAGUGACACGUCUUUCGCAGACAGCUAACCAUAACGUUUCCAUAAAUUUUGCCGUGGACUAACGACAAGCCGUAUUAGCAUGUGGUCUGAAUUUUAUCUUACUUUCAAUGCAGCUUGGUUAUGUUUCGAUAAGUCGACCGCCGCUUUCAUCAUUUCUGCGCUGAACUGCGUAGUCAUUGGCUGCGGAGCAAAGCUCCCUCUCCGCCCAUCACACAUGCGGUACCUAUACAUACUGAAGGUCAAGAUCAGGUCAUCGGUCGCGCCAGUGGGUGUCGUGUCGUGUACCCCUCGACCCCGGCCGUCCGCCGUCGCACGCAACACGAAGCAUAUCAGUCUGGUGCCAUGCAGCGACCGACGUGUCGUCGGUUUGCUGCUGUAGCGACACAUUGAGUAUUACAUAGAUGCAAGUCAUAGUCGGCUCGGUGGUUGCUUUUAUUCGUAUAUCCCCGUGUAUCGUUCGGUAGUGAUGUAUUGUUUAUAAAUGUUAUUAAGCACCAGUGUUAUGUACGUAACGCUCUUAGAGCGCAGUUUGUUGCAGGGCUUAAGUCGGUCGGUCCCAGUACUAACCAGUUGGGCAUUAUGUAGGUCGGUGGCCCAGUGCCCGUGUGGAGGCGCGGGCGGCGGGGAGACACGGCAGCUUUUUAUGUCUAGGUGUGUUGGGAGUGGUUGGAGUUAAUGUGUUUUAUUGUUAGAGCCGAGCCGGGUACCUGCGGUCGCUGCCUUUUGCUACACACAAUGAUGCUCAGGCGCAAUGAUCCCCAUGUGUAAAUGCACUUGAAAGGCACGCGAGCGAGCAAUCCCAGCGCCAUUGCGAAGUACUGUUGCAGUCUUAGUCUGGAAUGCUCCCCGCACAACACGCUCCGUCUCCUUCGCGGAGUGUCCAUCUGAGCGAAAAUCCUAGUUUGGACACACCUCGCCCCUGUUGUGAUACUGUACCUCUGUAACCGGCUCCGUCCGACGGAAACUGUCACUGAGAGCGCACCGUCACUGAGGGCGCCACCGGCGCGUGGGACGCACCGUCACUGAGAGCGCACCCGGCGCGCGGGACGCACCGUCACUGAGGGCGCACCCGGCGCGCGGGACAAACAGCGGCGUGUGUCUGACCGGUGGCUGAGCGACAGAGUCCACCGGUGUCUGACCGGGCCGCGCCCCUCCCCGCUUCCAGCUGGCGGUGCACCAGGGUGGAGGCCUUGAAACGACACUGGGCCGGUCCCAUGUAAAUACUGAACCCGCGUGUGGCGAAUACAGAUCCGUGUGCUUU